AUGACUUCCAAGCUACUUGGAUGUAUCACUUUGGCGGUGCUGCUAGGGAGCAGCACUGUGACUGCUGGGUCUUUGAAGGAUAUUGAGCAUGUAGUCAUCUUCAUGCAGGAGAACCGUUCCUGGGAUAGUUACUUCGGUACUAUGGCCGGAGUUCGUGGAUUCAAUGACCCUAAUAUUCAGGUCAACCCCGAUGGAAACUCAGUGUGGCACCAACUUGUCGAUCCCAGCCAGUCUAAUAGUACCAAAACUCUGCUCCCUUGGUACUUGGGCUACAAAGGUGGUGACUGGAGCGAUGCCAUUCAGUGCAUGACUGCUGGCAGUAAUGGCUACCAGGAAAACCAGGGGUCCCUGAACAACGGUUCCAAUAACCACUGGGUGACCAAGAACACACCCUGGAGCUGGGGUCAUCUCAAGCGUCAAGAUAUUCCUGUUCAGUUUGCCAUUGCCGAAGGUUGGACUUCAGGUGAUAUGUACCAGGAAAGUCAAAUCACUGCCACAAACCCUAAUCGGGUCACCCUUGUCAGUGGUUCUAUCAAUGUGCCUGGUAGCCCUCAGUCCAAGGAUCAAGGUGGUGUAUAUAUUGACAACAAUGAAGUCCCUGGCUGCGAUGAUAAUGGUAUCAACUGCUAUCCGCUCAAGUGGAAGACCGUUUAUGAGUUCUACGAAGAAGCAGGAGUCUCUUGGCAGCUAUUCCAAGAUACCAACAACUUCGACGAUAAUCCUUUGGCGUGGUUCCAGCAGUUCCAAAAUGCCUCCAAGAACAGCCCUCUCAACCAGAAAGGCAUGUCAUUUGUGUCUCUCGAUGCAUUCUACCAGAGAGCUGCCAAUGGUACUCUGCCUGAGGUCAGUUUCAUCGUUGGUCCAGCCGAGCUGUCUGAACACCCGCCCUACAUGCCAAAAGAUGGAGCCUGGUUACAGAAGAAGGUUGUCGAUGCGGUAACCAAUAGUCCCAAGUACAACUCGACCCUCUUGAUGAUCAGCUAUGAUGAGACUGGUGGCUUUGGUGACCAUGUCACUCCAUUCCACUCUCCUGCGAAUACACCCGGAGAAUGGAUGAAGGAUCCACUGGGUCUUUUCUCAGACAUCUUCUCAGGACCUGGCUUCCGAGUUCCCUUCUAUAUGAUUUCCCCCUGGACACGAGGAAACCGUAUCUUCACCGAGCGAGCAGACCACAACUCCCAAAUCCUGUUCGUUGAAGAGUGGCUAGCAGCCCGAGGCUACAAGAAUAUCCAGACCGACCAGAUGGUAUCCUGGCGCCGUGAACACAUGUCCAAUCUUGUGAAUGCCUUCGACUUUGAGAACCCGGAUUACUCCCUCCCAGCCCUGCCAGAUGCUCAAACACCAGACACCAACUCCAACGGCGGCUACACCGGCACCUCAAACUGCCAAUCCCGUCAUUCCCAAACCCGCCCUCCAGUUCCAUACGGAGCGCAAGACAAUGAAACCGACACAAACGCUCUCUGGUUUGAAGAAGGCUUCAAAGAAGUAGUCGGCUACCUAACCGAAGGCCGCUACUUAGUCUUCGAGCAGAACGGAGCAGCCCUUACCAACCCAGGAAACGGCCAGUCCCUCACCACCACCCCAGCAACCUCCAACCACAACGCCAAGUCUCAGCGGUGGAUCAUCCACUACACACAAGACGAGGAAAGCCAGAUAUUCACCUUGUCCAGUGCUCUAGAUGGAAGAUGGCUUGGUGCCAAAAAUGCCAUGCUGCCUCAUGAUCAGGGCGCAAAUGCCGCCCAGGUGCGAUUUUCGUUCAAUGGCAGUAAUCGGGAUCAUUCUAUUCAACAGCUUGAUCAGGGGCAGUAUGUCGAUAUCAAUGCUCAGGGGCCUAUGAGUGGGGCGGGGGGAUACAAGGUCUUUAGUGUUUCAUAUCGUGACUGA